GCGGGAGAGCGCCGCCAUUGGAUGGACCGAGGGGAGGGGGCGGAGCUGUAGCCUUCCCUUGGAAGCAGCUUUGCGUGGCAGCGUCUCCCCGGCAUCUCCAGGAAGGGGGUCAUGGCGGGGCUCGUGCCGGCGGCUCUCUUGGCCGGGCUGCUGCUCCUGCUGUCCGUCUCCCCGCGCGGGAUCUGGAGCUCCCCGCGCAAAAGGGUGACCGCACGGCUGGCGGCGAAGAGACCGGCGACGCCGCUGCUGCUGGAGGCAAGUGAAUUCAUUGCCGAAGAAAGCAACGAGCAAUUCUGGCAGUUUUUGGAAACGGUGAAAGAAUUAUCAAUAUAUAAAAAAGGAGUCUCUGAACAGUCCUAUUACGACUUAAUCUUGAAGAAAGCUGGGCAGUUCCUGUCAAAUGUACAGAUUAACCUGCUGAAAUUUUCUCUUGCUUUACGAGCACACUCUCCAACCGUUCAGAUGUUUCAACAGAUUGCAGCUGAUGAACCGCCACCGAAAGGCUGCAGUGCGUUUGUGGUUAUCCAUGGGAAGAGCACCUGUAAGGCUAAUGAAAUUAAGAAGCUUCUGACGAAGGCGGCUGCAAGGCCCAGGCCGUAUCUGUUCAAAGGAGACCAUAAAUUCCCCGCGCGCAGUGAGACUGGCCCAGUGGUGAUCCUUUAUGCUGAAAUGGGUACAAAGGACUUUGCCACGUUUCACAAAGUUUUGUCCGAAAAAGCACAAAAGGAGGAAAUCGUUUACGUUCUCCGACAUUUUGUUCAGAAACCCAGCUCUGAAAAGAUGUAUUUGUCUGGGUAUGGUGUGGAACUUGCAAUAAAAAGCACAGAAUACAAAGCAGUAGAUGACUCUCAAGCUAAAGCUGCAAGGAAUGUAACAGAGGAAGAAGACAACAAGGGAAGUGAUGUCCAGGGAUUUCUCUUUGACACAUUGAAGCAAAACUACCCGGAUCUCAAAGAUAAUCUGACGGAGUUGAGAAAAUACUUAGUUGAAAGCAGCAAUGAUGCAGAACCUUUGAAAGUCUGGGAACUACAAGAUAUUAGUCUGCAAGCAGCAUCUCAGAUCCUCUCUGUCCCUGCUCACAAUGCAUUAAAAGUAAUGAGGGACAUCGCACAAAAUUUCCCAAUCAAGGCCAGAUCCCUGAGCAGAGUGCUGGCAAACCUGCAAAUGCGGAAAGAAAUAAAGGAAAAUCAAAAGCAUUUGCAUGAAACCCUCGGACUUCAGCCUGGUGAAGCACGUUUAUUCCUAAAUGGUCUUCCUAUAGACUUGGAUUUCCAUGAUCCAUUUAGUAUUUUAGAAACUCUGAAGAGUGAAGGGAGAGCAAUGCAUGGACUUCACACCCUGGGAAUUAAGGGAGAUAUUCUUAGUAAAUUCAUGAGAUUAUCCGUCCAUGAUGCUGAUGAUGCUUAUGCGUUAGACUUCCGUCACUCUUCAAUAAUAUGGAUCAAUAACAUAGAAAAGGACCAGACCUAUAAUGAGUGGCCUACAAGUUUUCAGGAACUUCUUAAGCCAGCGUUUAGAGGAAUGAUGCGACAGAUUCGGCGCAAUUUGUAUAACUUGGUCCUCUUUAUUGACCCACUACAGGAGGAGGCACUUGCCUUCAUGAAACUUGUAGAAGUCAUCUACAAUCAAAAAGUACCUAUAAGAAUUGGAUUUGUUUUCAUCUUAAAUACUGACAAAGAGGUUGAUGGAAAUAAGGAUGCAGGAGUAGCUUUGUGGAGAGCCUUUAACUACAUUGCAGACGAAGUCGACGUUGCUAAAGCUUUCACCAUCAUAACAAAGAUGUACCAUGAAGUAAAAGAUGGAGGUGUACUUUCUGUGGCGCACGUGAAGCUUGUUCUUCGCAGAGAAUUUCCUUACGCCGACAUGCAAGACAUCCUGGGUGUCCACUCAGACUACGAUGAUAAGAGAACGGCAGGAGCAGCAUUUUAUCAGAAGGCUGGCUUGGGUCCCUUGCCUCAAGCCCUCUUUAAUGGCGUGCCCUUUAAUAGAAAAGAGAUGAAUGUCGCAGAGCUCGAGACCUCUCUGCAGAAGAUCAUGGAUGCUACAGAGUCCUUCCAGCGGGCAGUGUUCAUGGGCCAGCUGAAUGAUCACAAAGAUGCAGUGGACUUCAUCAUCGAACAGCAAAAUGUCGUUUCCCAUAUACAUGAGAAAAUUCUUAGUACUGAAAAAAGAUAUUUGAAUUUCAUAUCUUUACCAGUUCCUGUAGAUAUGGAGGAUUACGCCACUUUUUCUUUUUUGGAUUCUCAAGACAAAACUGUUGUACUUUCAGAUAGUAUGAACUAUGUCACAAGGAAAGAUGAAGAUGUAAUAUAUGCAGUUACCGUAUGGAUUGUGGCAGAUUUUGACAGGCCAGAUGGAAGGCAGUUGCUUUCGAAUGCACUGAAACACCUGAAAACAAGUAGCCAAGUUCAGUUUGGGAUUGUGAAUAAUCCCGCAUCAAAAAUAACCAAGGAUAACACAUUGAUCGCAAGGGCAAUCAUGGCAGCUUUUCUGACGCAGAAAAACACUAGUUUGAGGAGCUUUCUUGAUAAGAUUGUUAAAGAAGAAACAGCAAAGUCCCUGGCGAGAGGGACAAAGAUCAAGAAGUUUUUUGUUCUGGGCAUGGAUGAUGAUGCUUUUGAAAAGAAGUACAACACGCUGGGUGUAGAUUUCAUUCGAGCUCAUCGGAUCUUUUGUCAGGAGGUUCUUAAGCUGCUCCCUGGGCAAAUGGCUGUAGUUAGUAAUGGGAGGGUAAUUGGCCCUUUACAUGAAAACGAAUUCCAUACAAAAGAUUUCGACUUGCUGGAGAAAGUGACACUAAGCUCUGCGGCAAUGAAGAUUAAGACCCUUGUCAAGGAAAUGGGCCUUGGCAGUAAACGUGGCAGUUGUUUAGUUAUGAAAGUGGAUGCCCUCCUUUCUUCCUUGCCGAAAACAGAGGCCCGCCAAGAUGUUGAAUUUCUCAAAGAGCAACUCAGUGUACUGAAGUUAGAGCCACAGCAAAAUGAACCUUUCCUGGAUGUCAUUGGUAUUGUAGAUCCACUGACACGAGAAGCACAGAAGUUGUCACACUUAUUAAUCGUUCUUGGUCAGGUGGUCAACAUGAGGGUGAAGCUGUUCAUGAACUGUAGAAUCAAGCUGUCAGAAGCACCUUUGAACAGUUUUUAUCGUUUUGUUUUGGAACCAGAGCUCACUUCUGGGACCAAUAAUGUCUUUCCUCGUGCACCUGGAGCAAACUUCCUGGAAAUGCCAGAAUCUCCUCUUCUUACUCUAAACAUGAUCACACCAGAAAGCUGGAUUGUUGAAGCAGUGAACAGUUCUUAUGACCUUGAUAACAUUCAUUUAAAAGAGGUGGAGGGAAUGGUUGCAGCAGAGUAUGAAUUAGAAUAUUUGUUGCUCGAAGGACAUUGUUUUGAUGUGACCACAAGACAACCACCUCGUGGCCUGCAAUUCACCUUGGGAACCAAGAAUAUUCCCGUGAAGGUUGAUACUAUUGUGAUGGCUAAUCUGGGAUAUUUUCAGUUGAAAGCAAACCCAGGUGUUUGGACUUUAAGGCUGCGUGAAGGAAGAUCUGAAGAGAUCUACCAAAUAUUCAAGCACGAAGGGGCUGAAUCUUCUGAUGCUCUAGAAGAGGUUAUUGUGGUAUUAAACAGUUUCAGAAGCAAAAUCAUCAAAGUCCAGGUACAGAAGAAAGAGAAUAAAAUUAAUGAAGAUCUCUUAAGCGAUGGGGUGACAGAAGAGGACAGUUCCUUUGCAAGUUCUGCAGGACGAGCUCAACUGGAAGAGAAAGAGAAGAAAACUGAUAUUUUAAACAUUUUUUCGGUUGCUUCUGGCCAUUUAUACGAACGCUUUUUAAGAAUCAUGAUGCUAUCAGUUCUGCGUCAUACCAAGACUCCAGUUAAAUUUUGGUUUUUGAAAAACUAUCUGUCACCAACUUUUAAAGAGGUUAUCCCUUACAUGGCAGAAGAAUAUGGAUUCCAGUAUGAGCUUGUGCAGUACAAAUGGCCCCGUUGGCUUCAUCAACAGACAGAAAAGCAAAGGAUCAUCUGGGGCUACAAAAUUCUCUUCCUGGAUGUCCUUUUCCCCUUGGCUGUAGACAAGAUAAUAUUUGUUGAUGCUGAUCAGAUUGUAAGAAGUGACUUGAAAGAACUCAGAGAUGUAAACCUGAAAGGAGCACCUUAUGGUUAUACUCCAUUCUGUGACAGUCGUAAAGAAAUGGAUGGCUACCGUUUUUGGAAGUCAGGCUAUUGGGCUUCACAUCUUGGAAGAAGGAAAUACCACAUCAGUGCUCUGUAUGUUGUGGAUCUGAAGAGGUUCAGAAAAAUAGCUGCAGGAGACAGACUUAGAGGUCAAUACCAGGCCCUCAGCCAGGACCCGAACAGCCUGUCCAACCUGGAUCAGGAUCUUCCCAAUAACAUGAUCCAUCAAGUGGCCAUCAAGUCUCUCCCUCAAGAGUGGCUAUGGUGUGAAACUUGGUGUGAUGAUGAAUCCAAGCGAAAAGCCAAAACGAUCGAUCUGUGUAACAACCCGAAAACUAAAGAACCCAAACUUGAAGCUGCUCUCAGGAUAGUUCCUGAAUGGGCUGAGUACGAUUCUGAAAUACAGCAGCUAAUCAAUCGAAACAGGAGAAAAAAGGGAACUGUGAUCCAGCCCUCCAAAAAAGAAUCUAAACACGAUGAACUUUAAUUGCUGCUUGGAAUUCAUGACGACGACGCAACUGCCCUCCUACCUACCGUGGACUUGAGGGGGGAGGGAAGAAACAGGGCAGACUGCUGUUGGCCAUGGAUGUAAAUAUUUCAGAGACGCUCUAUUUUUUAAGAUUCAUGGAUGUGAUAUUAAAUUAAUACAUUACUUCAGUGCCUAUUUUCCUUGGAAAGUGAAAAAGCAGAAUAGGAUGGAGCUCCAACAAAACCAGCAGCUCUAUGGUUUCUAGUUCAGCCUUGCUGGGCUUUGCCCCUCUCUUUUGUUUCCAGAGGCCAUGAAGAUUCUGGUGCUAUUUACCCUAAAGCACAACGUGCUUCUAUUCCACACACAGUUCUGGUCUGUGGUCUCUGGUCAUUCAGAGUGUGUGCCUUUGCACGGUCAUGUUAAACUGACCGGCUGCAGCAAACACAGCACUUCCUCCAAUAACUUCAGGCAACAGAAUUGGAAGCCUGAAUAGCUUUUUCUGUCUUCUAUCCGGUAGCUUCCUCAGACAACUCGAGUGUACUCUUACUAAUUUAAGAAUCGAUUGAUAAAAUACUUUCUCAGUGGAUUAAGUGCUGGAUUAGAAGUGCCUCCUGAUGUCAUGGCUCACCUCUUCUCAGUGUCAUUUGUAAAAUGUAUUUAAAAGCAUUGAUGGUGGGGGGGCUGUCACUGUUCCGUUCUCUUAUUAAAACUGUCAGUUCCUAGCGACUGUUUUAAUUUGUUCCAAGUGCAUCAAAUCUACAUGUUGUCAGCAUUUUUUAUACAUACACACACAGUACCUUCAGCACUGUAGAGAAGGGGCAAGAUUGAAAAAGUGAGUAGCUAAGGCUGCAAUCCUAUGCCUGUUUUCUUGAAAGUGAACACUAGAAGAUUUGGUAAACUAACUCUUACCUCUAAAUUAAGCAAGCACAGGAUUGGGCUGUAUAAAAAUAUCAAUAGGUUAGUAAUGUCUCUCUUUGAAGAGUUUCCCUUUUUAUUUUACUUCUCCCCAAGGCUUUUCUUGUAGCAGGAACUCCUUUGCAUAUUAGGCCACACUGUCAAGCAUGGUGAAAUUGCAUUGAUAAUUGAUUGUUAUAGGGUCCUGCCUAACCCUGGUCUGUGAAGUAUCAUGGAGGAUCCAGCUUUGCUAGUUUUCUUAUUCUUUCCCUCUCUCCUCCUUGCUUUAUUGCCUGAAUAGUAGAAGUAGGGAGAAAUGAAACUAACUUGAGAAGAAGUAAUCAGCACCUUCCCAUACAUUCCUGGUAGGCAGUGCGACACAUCUGGGGAAAGCAAGGACAGAGUCUUGAUAAUACUGUGAGAAUGUAGACAUUUAUGAUAGUUGACGUGUGAGAGCUACCCCGCACCCCCAUCCUUUGGAAUCCUUUUGAAGUAAGCCUUAAAAUUAUUGUAUCAAUGUAUAUUCUCAAGAAUCUGUUACACAGAAAGUAUCGGUCUAUCAAUAAACGUAGUCUUUGUAUCAACUUCAACUCGUCAUUGAACCCGCAUGCUUGACACACACACCUGAUGUAGCCAAUCUUCUUGGAGCUUACAGGAGGCCCUGUAAGCUCUUGUAGGAUUGGCUACAUCAGGGGUGUGUGGCCUAAUAUGCAAAGGAGUUCCUGCUACAAGAAAACUUGCAUCUCCCAUUGUUGCUCUGUAACAAAUUUUGCUAGUAAAGCAGUUAAAAUGAUGGGUAAACAAUUGCCUGGGUGGUUCGACACACUGGACUAUUUUUAAAUGUUCAGAUUCUAUUUUUAAAAAUGCACCUUCUGUCAAAACCCCAUUCUUUGUCAGUCUGUUUCUCUGUAAGAACCAGAUGUCACAGUGGGGGGGGGGGGGGAGGGUUAGCUGUUUUGAAUUAAUUACUUUUUCAGCAUGCUGUAAAGUUUGCUCAUGUAUCGAUGCCACCGCAGUGUAUAUUUCCUGGGCCUGGCCAGUGGCAGCCAGUGCUGUAAAGUUGGGUGAGAGGAAAUCAUGAAAAAUAAAUUAAACUUGAUAUGUUACUUUCUUUUUAAAA